CCACCACCCCCACCUACCAUUUUCACUGACCUUACCUAUCGUUUUUCCCUACCACUCUCACCUAUCAUUUUCGCAGCCUCCCUCCCUCUCUGUCCUAUGAGUCGCCUGCCAACCAAGAUCGUCUCGAGAUCUGCUACGUAUACCUACCUACGUUUCCGGACCCCAAGGAAUAUAUGUAGCCAAAGAGAGGCGGGAAAAAGAAGCACGCAACAUAUCCCCCUCUGGCAUCAGCAGCCAUGAGUUCUAUGCUGAAGAAGACCACCGGCCUGUCCUUCAAGCCGAAGCUCGGUGGUCGUCGACCGGGCGCUGCCCCUUCAUCACGAGCCUCUCCUGCCUCUCGAGCUCCUACUGCUGAGUCUUCCUCGCAAACGCCGACUCCCGUUCCCCCGACCGAGCCACCCAGCCAUGCAGCCGCGAUACCCCCCACCGACAUACCACAAGAAGCCCCUCAAGAAACACCCGUAUCGGCAAUAGAACAGACAGCCACUCGCACCCAGGCCGCCCCGACGACAAUCCAACACACACCAGCACUCUCACCAGCACCUUCUCGCCCGAGCACCCUAGAGCCUCAACCGGAACCGCCAGCCCCCAGUCCGGGGCCGAGUAGGAAUGAUGUGCGAUCAACGCCGAUGCAGUCCGUGGACGAACCCCCUCGACAGCCACCUCCAGUCGAGCGAGCCGCGCAGCCAACGCCGACACCGGAAGCCUCUGUGCUAGCGGAAACACCUGCCACCGAAUCAGAUCCGUCCGGAGUCGCUACCUCUCCGGUCGCGCCCGCUCCCGUUGCCCCUCUACCUACUCCAGCUACGAAUUUACAACGGCCAGGCCGAUCUGCCCCCACUGCAAGCAUAACAGCGCCACCUACGGCCCCCCUCCCCCCGACUUCUGUUCCCGACACCAAUGCCGCUGCCCCGCCGGCUGGCGGGCCGUCCGCCGCAGCCACAAAGAAGAGGGCGCCCCGGAAGCGGAAACUAGCUCCGUCCGACAGCAACGGCGACGCAGCGAGCCCGGCUCCGAAGAAGCGAACCCCCCGCAAGAGAACUACGGCCGAGGGCAGCGGGACGGAGGCGGCAGAAGGCCGGGGCGAGGUUCCGGCCGCGAAGAGGAGCUACAAGUACCGCCGGCGCUCUCCGACGCCGGACGACGCCGAGAACCAGACGGUGGACCACGUGACGACGAAGAUGGGCGAGCUGACCAAGGAUCUGGGGAUCGGGAAGAGGUUCCGGCACGCGGAGGCCAUCGAGGAGCGCGCGCGGCAGCGGCGCGCCGCGUACCGGCAGAAGAGGCUAGAGCGGCAGAAGCGGGCGCUGGGGAUCCUGCCGCCCGAGGAGGGGGCGGAAGGGGGCGGGGCAACCCCCGCCGACGGAGAAGGCCCCCACGGCGGCCGCGGCGGCGCGGCUGCGGCGGCGGCCACGCUGGGCGCGGAGCAGUCGGUCGACUACGAGGUCGUCGACGGGCAGAUCAUCAUCAACCAGCGGUCGCUCGUGGUGGACCGCCACGCGGCCCGCAACGUGGCGGCGAUGGAGACGGUCGAGGAGGACGAGUUCACCCACCUGACCACGUCGGCGUCGUGGAUGCGGCCCAGCCGCCGGGUGGCGGCGAACCACUGGUCCGAGGAAGACACGGAGAAGUUCUUCCGGCUGCUGAGCAUGGUGGGGACGGACUUCGAGACGAUCGCGGCCAUGUUCCCGAACAAGGACCGGCGCGCGGUCAAGCUCAAGUUCAACCGCGAGGAGCUGCUGCGGCCGAAGCGCGUCGACGCCGCCGUCAUGGUCCGCGGCGAGCGCCGCCACCCCACCAUCGACCUCGAGGAGUACAAGGCCUACCAGCCCCACUGGCAGGAGAGCGACAAGAUCCUCGCCGACCACGACCGCCUCCGCCGCGAGCACGACGAGGACAUCCGCCGCCUCCGCGCCGAGCGCCGCGCCGCCGGCCUGCUCGACGACAAGGACGACGGCAAAGACGACGACGACGACGACAACCACGACGACAAAGCCCGUGCCGGCGACAAGGCCGGUGACGGCAAAAGUGCCGUAGCUGGCGCCGGAGAUGGAAACGGAGAGGCCCAGGACGAGGGCGGGCGCAGGAUCGAGGGCGAAGCUAUCGCGGCCUAAGCGACGCAUCAACGAUUGCCCCGUUUUCCUUCGGCAUUUCUUCUUCAUUUGAUACCCAAGUCCUUUUCUUUCCUACUCGCAUAGGUCUAAGGCGAGGGGGGUUGGUUGGUUAAUUGGGUAUAGUUGGCCACUUGGCUCACCGGUUUGUUAGUGUAUAUGAAGUCUACAUUGCUAGGCAGA